GUCCAGGAUGCAUUGGCGGUGAUCCCGACAACUGCUCAGGCCAUUGACAACUUAUAUGGCCCAACCUUUGCGGAUAAUGGGACACUGACAGUGUACCUUGCUGCUUCUUGCUCACGCUGCAGAGAUGGUGCAACACAAGCUGCCCUCUCCUCCUACUGGGGUGUGAACAACAUCCACAAUGCCUGUUAUCGUAUCUCAGCAACUCCUAAACCCACUGCAAACCGCGCUAUUCUCUGUGCAACUAUACUGGCUCUUCAGGCUGCUGCUCAGAGGCCAGAGAAACGUCUUCUCCUCUAUACUUCCUCGGAGUAUCUCAUCCGCUCUUUCUGCUUCUGGGCUGCGGAUAACGCGGAGCAUGCCUGGGAUUGUGCUCAUAGUGAUGUCAUA